CUGAGUUAAUUGGGAUUUGUUUAUAAACAGACGCAAAGAUAAGGGGGAACAAACCUCUCUGCCUCUUUCUCUCUCUCACCUCUUCUUCCUCCUCAGAUUCUUUCUCGUCUUUUAAAACCUUUUUUUUUAAUCUCUUCUGGAUUCAUCUUCUUGGUUUUGGAUUUCCAGUUUGAUUCUUCUGAUCAAUCGAUCCAUGUGAAUGAUUCCAUCUGAAACGUUCUCUUGAACAGAUUGUAUUGGAAAGUGUAACUGCAGUGCAAUGAACUCUGUAUCCGUCACCCUCAAAUUCCAUAUAGCUCCGGAACUCUCUUCUGAUAUAAACAACUGUCGAAUAAAUAUCAAGUGUUUGGUUUCUUGUAGUCAAGCAGCAAUGCACGUGUUGUGGAUGCCCGUCACUGAUACCUAGGUUCUAGAUUAUUGUUUCACUAGAGAUAGAAAAGUAAUCAGUCUUGUUUUUUUGGAAGGAUUUGGUAGGGAUUGAACAAAGGUAUCACAAUAUGGGUCUACCACAGACUGCUUCAAGUGAACAAACCCAUGAAGCAUCAUCAUCGUCUGCUCCAAGUUCCAGCCUUUCGCAAAGUCUGCCUUUGCAUUCCACUUCCCAUCAUUCAGAUAGCCUUAACAUAGGAAGCGAUGAAGGCAUUUGCUCUUCCAUUGGAGAAUUUGAUAGGAAAACAUCAUUGGAGCCUCCGGAGUUCACAGAUGAUAAGCAUAGGUUCCUUGCUACCACCUCAUCUAGUACUGCUCAUGGGUCGGCUAGCUACACUGUGGAUAAAGUUAGUUCGAGUCUAACUGGAGCUAGAAGGAUAGUUGGUUUUGCAUCAACCGAAACUACCUCAUUGGACAAGGAACAAGCGAGUGUCGCUGUUGAUCAUUCUCUGUCGUCCACUGUUGGAGCAGAUGUUGGUGGAGCGUUGGUCAGGAAACGUGUACUCUCCCCUCUCAACACUCUCUUCCCUGUGAAAUUCAGAGGAGACCUUCUUGAUAUCAGCUGUACUACUUACUCUGGUCUUUCUAAUGGAUUCUCCAAUUCUGUCUCACAAGAUCACACCAAGGUUAACCUCCCUGGUAGGUUGCAUCUCUCCACCACUCCUACGGCCACAUCUACUCGCUGGGAAUGGAAGAACGCCUCGAACAGUAGCAGACUCUCCUCCAUGGUCUUCACUGAUGGUCCAUUGCUUGACUCUGCAGACCACCACCGGCCCACAAAAGGUGAGGUUUGCUUAUAUUCACCAGUGUAUGGUACCUUACCUUGUGAUAAGGAUAUAUCUGCCUCUCCGCCGCUCUCUCUCUCACCGCUUGGUCCUAAGUUCUCUGAGAGGAUGAAGAGUAGCAAAAACGGGAAGAUAGUUGAAGAGUUGAGGAAUAUCAGUGAAGAAGCAGAGCUAAGAAUCGACCGUAGGUUGUUUGAUGAUGCAUAUGCUCUAAGGAGAGCAUUUUCGAUGGAGAGAGGUGUUGAACCAGCUCCUUUGUCUCCAUGCAGAAGGUUCACUAGAAGCUUGAGUGGGCGCCCCAUUCAGAGGUCAUUGGUUGGUUCUUUCGAGGAGUCAUUAUUGACAGGAAGAUUGUCAUGCGGGACAACAAAUCAGAAGAUUGAUGGUUUUCUAGCGGUUCUUAGUGUAGCUGGGGGAGACAUAUCUCCAAAAUCACAGAAGCUUCCAUUCUCAGUAACAAGCGUUGGUGAUGAUUGCGUGUUGCUAUAUUAUGCCUCCAUAGAUCUUGGUGGAGGAUCUAAAUCGAACAAGUUCUGGAGCCAGAAGUUGAAAACAAGUCAAAUAAACUUUGAUGCUCAGAGCUCCUCCAAGAGCCAACUGCGGAUCCCCAUGAAGGGUCGGAUUCAACUGGUUCUUAGUAAUCCUGAGAAAACACCUCUUCACACUUUCCUCUGUAACUAUGACUUAACUGAUAUGCCAGCCGGAACAAAGACUUUCUUGCGGCAAAAGGUUACUCUGGGAUCCUCUAAUCCAACCAGUGAAGCAACGCAAGAGAACACUAGAAAAACCAAAAGCUGUGCAAAAGAGAACAAAACAGAAUGUGAAGGAUCUGAUUCAGUGGAAGGAGAUGAGAAACUUGAUGAGUUGCAAGAAAGUGAGAAAAGAUGUUUAAAAUCUUCCAAAGAAUGUAACGGUGGUUCUGGUGCUCUACGGUACGCACUACAUCUGAGGUUUAUUUGCCCAUUACCCAAGAAAGCUUCAAAGAAACCUGAUAAUGACGACACCACGGGGCAAAAGAAAAACUUGGAUUCAGAUGGGAAGAGGAGAUUCUAUCUGUACAACGACUUGAGAGUCGUGUUUCCACAACGCCACACAGAUUCAGAUGAAGGAAAGUUGAAUGUGGAGUACCAUUACCCAGAAAACCCAAGAUACUUCAACAUCACAGACUAGGUUUUUCACUGGUUGUAUUUCGUUUUCUUGUUUAAGAAGAAAUCAAUGGACUUAUUUGUACAUAACCAUGGCUUUGACACGACGUUGUACAGAUUCAGGCCUUACGUUAAACUCUUACUCUUGUCCUU